UAGUGGAGGAGCCCGAGCCGCGCGGAACGCCUGCGGCGGCCCACGGAGCCGGACGGGGCAGUAUGAACGAAGAGGAGCAGUUUGUAAACAUUGAUUUGGAUGAUGACAAUAUUUGCAGCGUUUGUAAACUGGGAACAGACAAAGAAACACUCUCCUUUUGCCACAUUUGUUUUGARCUUAAUAUUGAAGGAGUACCAAAAUCUAAUCUUUUGCACACCAAGUCAUUAAGGGGCCAUAAAGACUGCUUUGAAAAAUACCAUUUAAUUGCAAACCAGGAUUGUUCUCGAUCUAAACUUACCAAAAGUACUUAUGAAGGAGUUAAAACUAUUUUGAGUAAGAAGAUAAACUGGAUUGUACAGUAUGCACAGAAUAAAGACCUGGAAUCAGAUUCCGAAUGUUCUAAAAAUCCCCAACAUCAUCUGUUUAAUUUUAGGCAUAAAACAGAUAAAAAAUUACUCCCACAGUUUGACUCUCAAGUACCAAAAUAUUCUGCAAAAUGGAUAGAUGGAAGUACAGGUGCCAUCUCAAACUGUACACAAACAAUUUUGGAGCAGAGGGAAAAUACAGACUUUGGCCUUGCUGUGUUACAAGAUUCAGGUGCCACCUUAUGCCAUGACAGCGUGUUAUGGCCUCACAGUCACAGCCAGGCACAAAAAAAAGAAGAGACUCUCUCAAGUCCAGACGCUAAUGGCCAGACCCAGAGUCUACAUUACAGCAGAGAGGAAUUGAAUUUGAUGACUCUUGGUGAGGUAGAGCAACUGAAUGCAAAGCUUCGGCAACAAAUCCAGGAAGUAUUUGAAGAGUUAACACAUCAAGUACAAGAAAAAGAUUCUUUAUCUUCAGAGCUCCAUGUCCGUCAUGUCGCCAUUGAACAGCUUCUCAAGAACUAUUCCAAGUUACCAUGCCUACAAGUAGGACGAACAGGAAUGAAGACACACCUACCCAUAAACAACUGAACUAAUUAUUUUUUAUCAGUCUGCCAAGAAUGCAACUUGAAGAAGUUUUAAAGAAGGUUACGGUCCAUUUUUUUAUGGUCAUUAAAUUUGCAAAGCUUAAGGCACAGUAUUUAACAUCUUUGUCUAAUAAAGCAGAUCAUUAUACCCUAGUCUUCUAGGAUAAUCAUUUGGCUUCAUUUUGGGAAUCUUUCUCAUAAUCACUAAAUGCCUCUCCCUAACUUUUAUCACGUGUAUGUUUAAAUAUACUGUUACAGUGUGAUUUUAUUGUCAAAACGAUAGGUUAACAAACUCCAUAUAUUAGCCUGAAUUACUAAAGAUAAUUUUAAAAGGGAAAUGGAAUUCAUAAUAAGCACCUCUUAUUUACUAUGAGCAAUA